AAAAAUCUGUCAGUUUGUCAAAUCCGCAAAUGGUUGACAGACUUGUAAUAUGCUUUUUGUAGGUGGAAUUUUGUAAUUACUGCGUGUUUACACAUGAAAAGGCAUAAAUGUUCUACAUAAUACAUUUAUAUUCAUGUAGCUCGACAAAGAACUGUUACAAACGACUUUAGAGGUCACGAAAAUAAAGAUAAAAAAUUUGUCCUAUGAGGACAAGUUUGAGGCUGCAAGGAUCUGGAACUUUUUCACGAUAGCCGUUUGUAAGUCCGUUUCGGCAAGGAGGUGAAGAUGACGACGUCUUCGGAGGAUGUAUUGUUGAGCGUCAGCUACGUGCGGUACAAAAAAGGUGAUGGGACCCUGUAUGUGAUGAACCAAAGAUUGGCGUGGAUGCUAGAGCAUCGGGACACGGUAGCCGUGUCACACAAAUAUGCUGAUAUUAAGACUCAAAAAAUAUCCCCCGCUGGUAAGCCAAAGGUGCAGCUCCAAGUGGUACUACACGACGGGACAUGCUCGACGUUCCAUUUUGUAAACCCAGCCGGCGCAGACGCACAGGCGAAGGACAGGGAUCAAGUUAAGAUGCUUCUGCAGAAUCUGCUACCUAAGUUCAAGAGACAGAUAGAUGGGGAACUAGAAAUGAAGAGCAGAUUGUUAUCUCUACAUCCAACAUUAAAACAUUUGUAUGAAGAUUUGGUGAUAUCCAAAGUUAUAAAUAGUGAAGAAUAUUGGAAUACACCAACAUUAAAACAAUACACUGAGUCCAAUAAUGUUAAACAAGAGGCGGGAGUGUCUGGAGCGUUUCUAGCUGACAUACAGCCUCAAACAGACGGAUGCAAUGGACUCAAAUACAACCUCACCCAAGACAUAAUAGACGCGAUAUUCAAAACGUAUCCCGCCGUGAGAAAGAAACACAUCGACUACGUGCCCAAUAAGAUGACAGAGGCUGAGUUCUGGACCAAAUUCUUUCAGUCACAUUAUUUUCAUAGGGAUCGUAUAGCGUCCUCGUCUAGUAAGGACCUAUUCGGUGAAUGUGCCAAAAUGGACGACCACGCGAUAGCGUCCGCCAUGAAACAUACCACGUUGGAUCUCACAGUUGAUUUAAACCAAUUCACGGAGCCGGUACCUCUUCUACCAAACGAAGAGGAAACCAGCAAUGACAAAGACCGUUCUGACACCACCUCCAUACAUAGAAACAUGAUUAAACGGUUCAACCAACACUCUAUUAUGGUGCUUAAAGCUAGUCAUAAAACAAAUUCAAGUAGUAGUAACGUAAGCAACAGUAGUAAUAAAACGACAAACAAUAACAACAAACUGGAGAAUGGGGUAAAGGACACUAAUGGGGUGAAGCGACCGCCCGAAGAGAAGUGUGUAGAACCAAUGGAGAAAAAGAAGAGGAUAUUAGAACAAAUACAUUACGAAGAUCUGGAGGGUGAUGGCGGGAAUGAUGAUAUACAGGAGUUGAAGUUGUCUAAGGUAGAAAGAUAUUUAUUAGGACCGGCAUCUCAAAUACAUCAAACGACCACGCACGCGGCAAAUCCGCCGCCGUUGUCGGCGGUUGCUUCCAUAUGUCAGGCGUGGAGCAGCGGGCAGGGCGCGGGCGGCGGGGGCGGUGCGCGCGCGGGCGGGGGCGGCGCGCGCGUGGCGCCGGGCGCGGCGGUGGGCGCGCUCGGCGAGCUCAGCCCGGGCGGCGCGCUCAUGCGACACCACCACGCCGCGUCCAUGGCGCAAUUAAUACCACCGGACGUAAAGUCGGAGUUGCAUAGGUUGUACCUCUCGUGCGGGGAGCUUCUCAGGGAGUUGUGGCGUUGUUUCCCGCAGCCCGGCGCCAACGCAGAACCGGACGACAGCUCUGCGAGGGCGGAGAAAUUCUACGACGCGCUGUUGAGGUUUAGGAAUGUCAAACUGAGGCCUUUUGAGGAAAAAAUGCUUCGCGACCUGACACCUUUAGCGACCACACUAACACGACAUUUGAAUCAAAUGAUAGACACCGCGUGCGCUAAAUAUGCGGUCUGGCAACAGAGGCAAGCGAAAAUGCGGUAGUAGUAAGUUAUCUAAUGUAUAAUGAUGAAUAUGGUGACCAGUGGCGUAGUUAGGGAUCGGCGUGGGGCCCAAAUCACACGUUAAUGCUAUACAAUUGAGUGGAAUCGUAAUUGGACGCAGUUUAGCGAAAAUGUUCCAAUACAUAACAAAUAGUUUUCGAUUACUUAAUUAUUAUUUUUUUUUGGAGAAUUGGCAUGUCUUAUAUCAUUUUAUACAGUACUAAAAUAUUUCCAACUGUCGUCCCGAUGCGAGGUAAAUAAAACUUUACUGUCAAUAAUUUUAUGAGUCAGUUUUGACCAACUUAUGUAUUGGAUCAUUUUUUUUUAAAUUAAGUCCAUUUUUAUAUGUAUAUUUGAUAUCUUAGGUGGAAUAUCGUUGGGCCUCAUUAACCCUACAUACAGCGCUGUAGGUGAUAAUGUAACGAAAAUUAAUUGAAAUACAAAUAUCUUAAAUGUAUUGAAAUACUUCUCUAAUAAAUUUGGGGAUACAUUUGUCUCUUGUCGACAAAGAUAUUCCCAAUGAAUAUGUUGCAGUUUGGUUUUGUGAGAAACCUGGCAUUAGCUUAAGUAUGUGCAUGAUAUAAUAUGUGGAUAACAAUGAUAAUACACAGGGUUAAAAUGAUUUAUUGUGUUUUCUGCUGUUUUUCAAUUUAUUUUUGCUACAUUAUCAUAAAGAUAUCCGAGUGGUGUCUCGGCAGUGUACUGUGAAGCACAAAAAUAUGAGAAAUGUAUAAUUCUGUAAUGCGUUUUGUUAUGAAAUUUGAAUAUAGGAUAUUUAUGGAUUUUAUUGCUCGUAUUCCACUUAUAAAUAGCGAUGAGUAACUUAAUUUUAUGCUUCUGAAAAGUGUUAAGACUAGUUUGAACCGCCGAAUAUAUUUCGGGCAUAUGGUAUAAAAUUAAAAAUAAUUUACCUUAAAAUAUCGAUUUAUCGAAUGAAAGGCAACGCUACGAUUUAGAAAGUUUAGGAAAUAUUUGCCAAUUCAUUUAUUGAGGCAAAGAACGAACAAUCUAAUUUUUAUUCUGUUCCUAAUUGUUUGUUUCCGUUGAUGGUUAACUAAUUUAAUUUUUGGUUUUACUCAGUGGCUGGUCAUUGUAAGUAAGGUGGAUGAAAUAAGUAUUUAUUACACUCAAGGCAUCUCAAUAAGGGACUCAUCGCUUAUAUCGUAUAAAAUUUGCCUUAUAUAGAUAUCGCGAACUGAAUAAUUGGUCCGAAUGUUUCCAAAAAUACACGACGCAAAAUCCGUAAAACCAUUUCACUUAUAAUAAAAUGUUAGACAUCACGAAUAUAAACUUGUAUCUCAUUUAUGUGACCUCAAUACGAUUGUUGUGUUGUCGGCCAUCUUGUUUUACACGUGAUCCAAGAUGGCGUCUAUUUUUGAUGUGACGAUUGAAAUGUUAGAGCAAUAUUGAGUUAUUACUAUAGAUUGUUAUUUGAGAUUUGAAUUAAAAUUGCACUCACGAGUCAAUUUAUUGUCAUAGAUUGUUUUGAAUUACAAUUGAUGCUUCCUGAAUCCAUAAUCUCGUUUAUCUUGUCCAUUCAACUAAUUUUUUUAGGUUUUUUGUGUUAUGAGACUUGUACGCUCUAUUUCUGAUUCUAUUCCAUUUCUGAUUUACGAGUCUUCCUUUUAUUUUUAUAUGAAUUCUGCCGCGCUUUAUGUACAAAACGAAUUAUUACCGAAUUAGAACCUAUAACAAUGUUUAUAAAAGCUAAAAAGAAACAAAUAACGUCACUGGAAAACAUUUUAAAACAAAAUAAACAAUAUCGGACCGCUUGAUAGUUUAAGAAAAAUAUGUACAAAUUUAUUUCCUGCAUAGGUAAAAUCAGCAAUAAAUUAGAUAUGUCAAUACUGCCAAAUAUUUGAAGAUUCUCAAAGUGCUCUUAGGUAAGUAUGAGUAAGUGUUCAUACCCUAAAUAUCUGAUUAAAAAUUGUUAUCAUGUUAAAAAUAUAUAGUAUGCAAGUAUUACUGCAUUAUUAUAAAUUUAUGCUAGACAGGACCGUAUUUAGUAAUUUCGUGCGGGGGAAAUAUAAAAAUGUUUUUUUUUUUAAUUUGGAAAUUACUUUUGAUUUUUAGAGAAACAAGCAUACAUAUCCCUAGACAGAUUUAUUUGAGUGAGAUUUAGAGCAGCACGUCACAUCAAAAUUUAAUUUUGUGCAUAAUUCCUUAGCACAAAGAUAUAGUAUAAUGUUAAUAUGCGAUGUAUACAAAAUGUUACACACAAUAUUAUCAGAUUGUAACGGCUGGCCAAUUUUGUGGGGAAUCAACGGUAUUUAAUUUAUAUAUUAUGUUAAUCCAAAAAGUAAAUAAAUAAAGUUUUCGAGUUAUAUUAUUUAAUUUUGUUUAUAUGUAAAUCUUGAAUAUAGACUCGAUCUUAUCUUGACUUGAAUGAUACACACAUUUAGCUAUUAGUGGGUAAAGUACCUAAUGACCCCCCACUGAAUCCGUUCGUCAUGAAAUUGAUCAGCCGAUGUAGACGUAAAUUGUGUAGAAUACAUAAAUAAUUAUUUAUAAUGAAAAUAAUGCAUUUCGUUGAACCAAAUCCUAACUGAAUGAUUUUAUAUAUAUUUUUUUCAAGUUUCAAAUGCAUGCCAUUGCUCCCGCGGAAUAAUUUAAUGUAUAAAACAAUAAAACUGCAUCAAAACUUGUGUCUUGUUUUCUUUUACCUUUGUAUUAAAAAAAUGACAAUAUCAAGACGUAACGGUUUUAAUUAAUCGUUUUUUGUUAAUAAAUUAAUUCAUGUUGCUUUUAAGUUCAUUUAGUUUGCAAGUAUUUAAGUAAAUUAAUUUCUCUAUCGAAAAAUGUUGGUUUAUUGAAUUUUGUUUGAUGCAGUUUUACUCACGUUCAACAAUUUAAUAUAAAUUUGAGCAUGUUUUGCUUUUACUUACAUGAUUUUAAAAAAUAAAAAUUGAUUUACCAUUGAUUUCAAAAACAGACAUAUUUGUUAAGACAAGACACGAAUAUAUUUCGAAAUAUGAUAUCUUACACAUUAAAAUCUUAGGUUCAAAUACUGAUCUCAGGAUUUCUAUAUUAUAAUUUGGUUUAUAAAAAACGAAGACAGGACAAGACGAUAUAAGGUGGUACAAUAAGGAUAUUACGUUGCUUGGAGCUAAAAGUAGACAAAGCGCUGGUAUUUACGAAUUAUUUAGACGAAGUGGUAUACAAGAAUUUCGACUAACGAUCUAUUUCAAUAAAAGGUCCCAAUUUUUCACCUUGUUCACAAACAAUACUAUGAAGACUUAUGUCGUACUGACAGUGCGCCCGAUCGCAUAGUGGCGGUAAUUUUAUGGUUUUCUUUAGCAUUGUUGAGCUUUAUUUAUCUAAAAGCCAAAUGAAGUUGUAUCUCAAUAUAAGCCAAUUACCCUAUGUCUAUGCACGAAGGCUAACUUGCCGAAAGCAUUGAGAAAUAUACUUAUCAAAACAUUGCUCCGUACUUUGCUAAGUAACUUUUGUGAACACGGGUCUUUUCAAUCCGGUACCAAUAAUAAACCAUUCAUUCAUUCAGUAAUUCAUUUUAUUCUGAUCGAUCGAAAAAUAUUGAUUGACACGGUCUAUUGAAAUUCACAUUUAGGGUCUGUUUUACGUAAAUUUUAUUUGAGAGUUAUUAAACAGCUAAUGUAGUUGUACUCAUUGUUUUACCAUUUGGUAGCCUAGAUGGGUGCCUUUUGUUUUUGGUCGACUUAAAAUUCAUGUGACUAGUAGCAUUUACUCAGAAGUUGAGAAAUAGGCCGUAAGUAAUUAUUUUGAAUUCUCUUCCAAUUUAUAUAAAUUCCAUCUUAACCAAGUGGUCUAAAUUGUUAUCACGAAUAGGGUUGCAACUUUACCCUGACUUCUUGUUUACCCAACGUCUUACUUAAGGUUUGCCUUAAAGGCCUACCAAACAAGAAAAAACUUAAUUUUGGUUGAGUUUGUUUAAAAUAAACACCUAUUUAAUAAAAAAUUAAGUCCAAAAUUACUCAUGUUACCAAUUUGGUUGAAUUAAUUAAGUAUUUAGUAUAAAUUUGAUUUGGUUAAGUUAAUAUCACUCAGUUAAGGCUAUAUGUAUAAACCCACCAACUUUUACAAAGUUGUAAUAAUAAGUUUUAAGUGUGACAAAAUAAUUUAGUACAUAUUAUGUAAAUAUUAAAGUGUAAUUUGUAACACAAUAUUAGUUUCAAAACUGAUUUUAUUUGAGACGCUUAGAGUUAGUUGUCACUUAUUUCAUGUUUUGAAAUGUUGAUUCUCAAAUAUAAAUUUUGUUUAAUAAAAAUGUUCUAAGCGACAUAAAUAGCUGAACAAAUUUAAAACUCCAAACCUACACAAGUCAAGUUGAAUUGAAUUUUUUUUUGUGUAGCGUAAAAUAGAUUAUAAUGAUUUCUUAUGUUUACGCGAUCAGUCAUUGAAAUAAAACUAUUCUACGGAUUUUAAUAUUUUGUAUUUGAUAUUAUAAUUUUGUCCGUUUCGAAGACUGCAGUCUUUAUGGUCAUGUGGGAAGUGAGGUGUCGAUCGUCCGAAAAGUCAGUUACAAUAUCAACCUCCUGCUAUAAAAACCGCGAUAACAUCCGCAAGAUAGUUUUAUUUCAAUCUAAAGUAAGUUUCUUUUAUUUAAAAAAAAAAAAUUGGUAAGACCACAAAAAUGUAUAGGCGAUUUGAGAUUUUGAAUUUGUUUAGCAUUAUAUGUGGGUGAUUACAUGAUACCUUCAAAGCUGCUAUUUAUAAGCCUUUAGAGAAACCAGUACCGUAAAAGUCUUAUUUAUUUUCUGAUGUUCCAAAGUUAGUAAUAUUAUAUUACUUAAAUGUUUGAUGUUCCUCAAUAAAACAAUUAUUUAAAAUUUUAAUAUCUCAAUUAUUUUUAUAUUGUGUGACGGCAAACAUAGAAAAUUGACUUAUUUUGCUGUCAAGUGAAAACAGCUAAAAAGUGUGAGAGAGAUGAAGAAUCGUGCGGCCCAUAGACAUCGACUAUAUCUAUGCUACAAAACUACAGAAGACAUACUAAUACUGGCCACACAAUCGCUUUGUCUCUUUCUACAAAACGGUACAUUUGGAGAACUUCACAGGUUAUUUUCUAUGUUUGCACGUUACAAAUGUAAGCAAUAUUAGAUGUUUUUAAGGUUUAAUUAUGUUUACAAUUAAGUUGUUACACAAAUUAGUUAGGGUGAUUCGAAACAUUUCAAGUGUACGUGACGUGCGAAAUAAAUGUUUUUUUUUUUUUAACAA